AAAAACGUAACUGGCAACCCAAGUCAGUCAGCGUGCAAGCGUGCAUUCAUUAUUGUGCAGGGGCCAGACUCCCCGCAGGGAUCCCCAGGGUUACACACGCUGCAGUUUAGAUGGCUUACAGAAAGGAGUAACUUAGUGAACGGUGCCGCAAACGCUCUGUGAUCAUCUAGCAAUUGUCUCAGGGCACUAAUUACGAAAUAAUGGAGCAAGAAUUUGAAGACAUUGAUUCGUCUGGGAAAUGGCAAAACCUUUACAAUGAAAUCCGUAACCAAGCCAGUGACUAUCCUUACAAGGUGGCAAAACUUCCAGUGAAUCGGAAUUUGAACCGCUACAGAGAUGUCAGCCCAUAUGAUCACAGUCGGGUAAAACUUGAAAACUGUGAAAAUGACUACAUCAAUGCAAGUUUAGUCAUGGUGGAAGAAGCCCAAAGAGCUUACAUUCUUUCUCAGGGGCCAUUGAGGAAUACCUGUGGUCAUUUCUGGCUGAUGAUUUGGGAGCAGUGUUCCAAAGCUGUUAUAAUGCUCAACAGAAUCAUUGAAAAGGGAUCUGAAAAGUGUGCACAGUACUGGCCCACCACAGAGGAGCUACAGAUGUCUUUCACAGAUACAGGGUUUGUUGUCAGAUUACUUUCAAAGGAGGACCAAUCCUAUUACACGAUCCGAGUGCUAGAACUGCAAAACACAAUGACAGGGGAGUCGAGGGAGAUCUACCACUUUCACUACACCACAUGGCCUGACUUUGGUGUCCCAGAAUCUCCAGCCUCCUUCCUCAACUUCCUCUUCAAGGUUCGGGAGUCUGGUUCGUUGGGACCGGAGCACGGGCCCGCAGUGGUGCACUGCAGCGCGGGGAUUGGCCGCUCAGGGACCCUCGCCUUGGUGGACACCUGCCUGGUCCUGAUGGACAGAAGGAGGGACCCAUCAUCAGUGGACAUACAGAAGGUGCUACUGGACAUGAGGGAAUACCGCAUGGGCCUGAUCCAGACCCCUGACCAGCUUCGCUUCUCCUACAUGGCUGUCAUCGAGGGAGCCAAGCUCAUCCUGACAGACAAGUCAACAGCCGAGCAAAAUAAGCAGAGAAUGAUGUCCAGUGCUGUAUUGGAGCCAGAUCUGCCCCCUCCACCCCCUCCACCUAGACCUCACCUCAACGACAGCAGGCCUAACGGUCAGCCAGAACCCUGUCUAGAGCCACUGGCCGCCUCAGUAGAACACCUGCUGGCACGAGACCCCCUGCCAUCAGAAGAGACAGACAGCCAAGACCACAACAUGGCAGAGAACUUGGGGUAUGUCAGAAAGCGACACCGUGAGGAUAGGAUUGCCAGCACCUCACAGAAGGUCCAGCAGAUGAAACAGAGACUGACCGACUCGGAGAGGAAACGAGACAACUGGCUGUAUUGGAGACCCAUUCUGCUCAACGUUGGUGCAGGGGCAGCUGUGGCUGUCGGCCUGCUGGUGUGCUGGAUGUACUCCCAGUGAAACACUUUGGGUCACUUAAAACUGACUCUUACUUUGCACCAGUACCUGGCAUUAGGUACUUCUCUAAGUAGAUGUAGAUGGUAAUAUGUGCAUAACUGAGGGUAUUUAUUUCUUAAGCUCAAAAUGCAGGAGCGCUAGAUCAAAUGAUUGUGUGUAUAUUUUUCAUGUAAGAUCUUAACAAAAAUAGAAACAUCUCAGGAUCUUGGUGCCAGCACGAUGAUUUUCUUUCCUUCUUGUCACUGUUGAUGAAUGUACUGUACCAUAUUGCUUGGAAAAGAAAACUUACUAAAGGUGCAGUACAAAGCAAAAAAAAUAAUUCUGACAAGAUGUGACAGAUGUGUGUUGAUCAUCUGUGGACACAUUUUACAUUUUGCAUUUCAAAAUGAUGUUUUGAAAGUGUCAACUGUCCAUUCAACCAUAGGUAUGUAGAAAAACUGCAAAGCCUAGAGGUCAGCUAUGUGAGUUUUUGUUUUUCUGUGAUGAAAUGUGCAUGCAUGCAUUUAUAGGUUUUCGAGAGCACCACUUGUUCUUCCAUUCACAUUUAGCAGGGCCAUCCCAAUACGGCCAGAUAUAUAUUUUUGUGUGACUGGACACUUUAUGGGGGAGCAGCCUUGCUGAUGUUUUUAACUUUGCUAGAAUGUUAACAUUUUAUUUUCUGCUAUGUGAGCACCUUUUUUCAUAGGUUUUGGUUGUCACAUGGAUUAUACAAGCUGACCGGUCCCUUGCCUCUUAGUGCGUGUAUUUACCUUUUACUGUCUAUGGUAUUUACCCACUGGAUGGGUUCAUGUGUGUAUGUUUAGGUUGUUCAUCUGUUGUUUUUGAGGAAACCAAAGCAAAGCUGUACGUUUUUGGAAAGUAACAGCCAGGCAAGCUAUUAAAUAAAAUUGUGGAAUGUAUUUUCUGUUGUAUCUCUGACAUAACUGACAACUGCAUUACAAAAUGAUAGUCAUAGUAGCUUUGCGUUGCGUUUGACUUUUUAAUUGUAUCCCAUAUAAUUACUUAAUUGGUUUUCAAUUGGCCAGUACCAAUCCAAAGCUAUAAUAAUGCAAUUGAGAAGUUGGAGCAAAGCACCUUGGAUUAAAUUCUAGUUAGGGGAAUGCUAGCAUACAUGUUGGUACCUAUUUGUUAGCUGGUUAAGAUAGCUUUUAAUGUGCCUUGAAGUGAAUUAAAUGUAAAAAGGUAUGCUCCAAGGUUUCCUAGCAUAAUCAUUACAGAUAAAGUUUAUGUGAUCUGCUGUUUCCUACAAUACAUGAGUAAAAUGUUAGCACUGCAUUGACCAGUUUGUAUCAGAGUUGAUUCAACACCAAAUGUGUCAUUAGCAUGUACUGACUCCUGAGAGGAAAUUGAGGGUUGCUGAUUGGCUUAGAUUCCAACGUUGGACAUGGCUAUUACUGCAUUCUCUUUUAACCCAGAAGAGAGACGUUUGACCAUAACAUUCCAUUUAUUCUUGUUUUCCACUUAAAAUUUCAGGGGAGUUUUGUACACUGCUGAGCUGCAGUGAGAACAUGACAGAUGGCUUUUUGAAAAAAAGAAAACAAAACAUGAAAUACUUCUUAAAAUAAAACAUUCAUCUUUUUUACCAAAC